AUGGUACAACACGUUGAUGUCUUGAUCUGUGGGUCCGGCUCUGCAGGUCUUUGUGCGGCAUUGUGGCUUUCGAUAUACAACAUCAAAUCAGUCAGGAUCCUUGAGCGGAGGUCUGGGCCUAUGACAAUGGGUCAAGCUGACGGUGUACAAUGUCGAACAGUCGAGGUCUUCGAGAGCUUUGGUAUCUCAGAGGAACUUCUGCGGGAGGCAUAUCAUGUCCUUGAGGUAGCUUUCUGGUCGCCAGACGGAAAAGGUGGCCUGUACCGUACUCGUCGCACAGCAGAUACCCAACCUGGCCUAAGUCAUCAACCUCAUGUCAUUCUGAAUCAGGCGAGGAUCAAUGGCCUGUUGCUAGAAGCUAUGCAAAGAGCUAACGGUCAGGAAGUCGACUACGGGUAUGUGGUGAAGAGCGUGGAUGUUGAUUCGGAGUUAGUGAAAGACCCUGAUUCAUAUUGCACCACAGUCAUCGCUGAAAGAGAUGGAAAGGAGGAGAUCUUCAAGGCGAAAUAUCUCUUGGGUUGUGAUGGCGCCCACAGUAUGGUACGCAGGUCCCUCGGCUUUCAGAUGCUCGGCGACACUACCGAUGCGGUCUGGGGGGUAAUGGACAUCUAUCCGUGCACGGAUUUUCCAGACAUCCGCCGGAAGUCGACGAUACAUUCAGAGUACGGGACGAUCUUGGUCAUUCCUCGCGAGGGUGGUUCACUGGUUCGCUUCUACAUCGAAAUGCCCAUCGGAACGAACGUGAAAGAGGUCAAACUGGAAGACCUGCAUAAGAAGGCCCAGCAGAUCUUCGGUCCCUUCGCGAUGCAAUUUGCCGAGACCUACUGGUGGUCUUGUUACUGCAUAGGCCAGCGACUUGCCGACCACUUCACAAAAGACAAUCGUGUCUUCUUAACAGGUGAUGCAUUCCAUACACAUAGCCCAAAAGCUGGGCUCGGAAUGAAUACUAGUUUGCAGGAUGGACAUAAUAUCGGAUGGAAACUGGGCACAAUUCUGCAAGGAAGAUCAACUCCAGAGCUUUUGAAGACGUACACCCUCGAACGAGGCAAGACAGCUGCCGAUCUCAUCGAAUUCGACAAAUACUUCUCAAAAUUGAUGUCACUGAAGGCGAGCAAAGAGACGAAGGUGACUCCCGAGGAAUUCAGUCAAGGAUUCAUCACGUCUGGACGAUACACUGCCGGUCUAACUGCCACGUACGAAGACUCAAGCAUCACCUCCGCCGAUGCCAGCAGCCAGGGGCUGGCUGAUGGUAUUGUCGUUGGCAUGAGAUUCCCCAACGCACAGGUUGUGCGGUUUUGCGACGCCAAAGCCAUGCCGCUGGUUCAGACGCUGAAAGCAGAUGGUCGUUGGCGGGUUCUUUUCUUUGCCGGAAAGAUCCGCCAGCCUGCCACGCUUGCCAGGCUGGAAAAGAUCGCCCAAUACCUCGACUCUACACAUGGUCCGAUGCGCAAAUAUACCUCACCAGCAGCAGAUAUCGACAGCUUCAUCGAGCCCAUUGUCAUAUUCUCCGGAGAUAGAGUUGAGCUAGAGCAAGAACAGAUCCCCAAGCUCUUCUGGCCAGAGACGGGAAAGUGGAAAAUGCGAGAUUUGCAUAAGACCUUCGUCGACGAUGAGAGCUACAACUCCGGCCACGGUCAUGCUUACAAGAAAUACGGCAUUGACCCAGAGAUCGGUGCAACAGUCAUCGUGAGGCCAGAUCAAUACGUCUCCAAGGUCAUCUCCAUAGAUGAUACUGAAAGCAUAGGCGCGUUGUUCGACGCUUUCGCUGUACCACAAACGCAAAAUGGAUCUAUAUAG